AUCGUUCACGAUUCGGACAUACUGUUCUCCAACUCCAUCAGGAAUGAGCAACGCUCGCCGAGCAGCGGAUAUGCGCCCGGUAUCGACGACUAUUUUAAUCGUUCCUGCGGACGCUAUGCAUGCAGCUCUGCGUUGAUAACGCAUGCUUAAGCGGCUCGUCUGUUCACGAAGCGAAACAUGUAACAGAAUCCUCGCUGGUCCCGGCUUGAGAGGCGGCAGGAGUGAAGAGCAAUCAAUCACCGGACGCCUCCACCGUUAUUCGGUGUGUGUACAGGACAGUGAGUGCUGCUGAGGCAAGAGAACCGCUGCUCUAAUGCUACCCUGAACACACCGACUCAGCGCUGCUAUUUUAACACGGUAUCGUGUUUUCGACCAAACAUCAGAUCAGGUUUUACAGCGGGACAAGAUGUUCCAAGUGUUGGUUUGCGGCGUUGUGGUGUUCCCCGGUCUCUUCUACACUUUUAGAAAAGUGCUCCCGUCCAUUUUCAAGCAGUGGACAGAUGCCGACGUCGUGCUGGUCAGCGAGAGGCUGGUGUCAUCCAUUCACGCUGUUAUGGCCACCACAGCUGGCAUCAUCGUGGUGUCCUCCUGCAAAGGCAAUGUGAUUAUGGACCGACACUGGCUGGCCACCUAUUUUGUCAUUUGGUAUGGCGUUCCCUACAUGUCAUAUGACAUCUUCGCCAUGUACCUCAGCCAUUACUAUCGCUUCUGGGUCAAAGGUCACAAGGACUAUAAAAGCCACUCUCUACGAACCGUCAACUCAUUUGUGAGGAAAGAGUUCCUGCUGGUCCUCCAUCACAUUGCACUACUCACCAUCCUACUGCCUGUGACUCUGUUCUUCAGGAAGGACCAGGGUGAUUACUUCAUUGGCUGUCUCUUCCUCACAGAGCUCAGCACUCCUUUUGUUUCACUGGGCAAAAUCCUCAUUCAGCUGGGGAUGCAGGACUGCUGGCUGCACAAGGUUAAUGGAGGCAUGGUGCUGCUGAGUUUCUUCAUGUGCCGCAUCGCACUCUUCCCCUACAUGUAUUGGGCCUACGGCUCCCACUACGGCAUCCCGCUCUACAGCGUUCCCUUCCAUCUCCCGCUCUCCGCCAGCCUGGGCAACCUCUGCAUCCUGGCACCGCAGGUCUACUGGUUCGUCCUCCUCUGCCGUAAAGGCCUCCGACUCUACAAGCGGCAACGGGAUGCGCAAAACCAGGCGUCUCCGCUGUCCUCUCCCGAGCCGGUCUCAGAUAUCUCCAAGGCUGAUUAGUGAAGGUCUGACCUUAUCUAGACCAAACAAUCAACAGACAUCACAGCUGAGGGCUACGGCACUGCAUCUGCUACUGUUACAAUACAAUCCAGAUUUCAUAUUAGAAAUACCCUUAUUUCUCCUCUUCACUUUACUCCAUCCCAUCUGCACACUCACAAUCACCCACUCGCCCGUUAAAAUGGCACUUCACUGGAUUUACUCUAGUGACUUCUAAGGAGCAUGUUCUAGGUCAGUUAUUGAGGGCGGUAACCUUCUUUUCCUUCUCUGAUUGGAGGAUCUGUUACAGUUUGGACUGGUGUCUUUGAAUGUCAUUGGAAUUAUCUGUUACUUUUUUUAUCUGUUAUUUUUGGUUUCGUUUUGUCCCAUAUGAAAUGCUGACAUACAAAAAUGCGCUGGUUUAAACUAGGGUAUUUAUUAUGCGAGUGGCACGGCCGUCAUGAUAAAUACAUUGUAUUAAACCCACAGCAUUUCAGAUCACAUCCCACUCGGCUCAAAGUUCCCAUCACGUGGUAAGCAUUUCCAUGGCUGCAGUGCUGCUGUUCUUGUUUACAGCUCAUUAGAGUUCUGUGAAUGUGUUUGCACACACACUGCCCUGCUGUGACUGUUUACACUUCUCUACCACACACCGCCCUUUAUGCUCUGGAGGCUGCUAAUGGAUUCUGCUUCACUUCUUUGGGCCUUUUGAGCAUCUGAAGUCCUCCCAUCCACAUGGGGGCAGUAGAGAAUCGGUCCUUAUGUUUACGUGACAUAAACUGGACUCGAGUCUAUAGGGGGAUGAGGUCUUUGCAGGGUACAAAGAGCAAGCACAUAACGCUUGGCAUAUCUUUUAGGCCACCUAAUGCCUGAGGGCAUCUCCAGGCAGUAGUCAAAGCAAUAACAUGGGGAUUCAAUGCAAGGGAUUGUGGGUAGUUGGCGAGCCCAUGUGAACACAUGAGUAAAUAUAGAAAAGCUGCAUGACAGCCUCCUCUGAAAGCAUGUAUAAAUGAUGUAAUCCUAACAUAUCAGGCAAUUUUACAUCUGAGAUUUUCAUGUGUAGAAAAGCCAUCAGAAGUCUUUAAAAUUCAUAAUUUCUGUAGUCAGUAUCAUUUCUGUUGCUCUUUGGCUGAAUAUUUUUUGGCUAGACAUCACUUUUUAUGAUUGCUGUCUACUGAAUAAUUUCUAGACAAUUGGAUCCAGAAAAGUCACUUUGAAAGAUUUGGGAACCCUGCUAAUUGUGUUUUUGAGUGUGAAGGGUGAAAUGCUCUUGAUACCGGGCUUAAAUUUUUAACUUCAUAUUAACUGAGCCUACAGUUUGAGUUGUAAAUAAAUUCAGUUUAAUUCUACAUUGAUGAACAUUGCAGUAUAAAAGGGUGAUUUGCUGUUGCCUAGGGUCAUUUUAGAGAUAAUCUGUGGCUUAUAAGAGCUUGUGUAAGUGAAGGUUUAGCAAGGAACUCAGAAGCCUUUGUUUCAGGGCUUUUAACACAACCUGCAGCAUCUUUCAUAAUACAUCUAGUGAAUGCUGGAUGCCGUAUGAAUGCAUCUGUAUGACCUAUGAGUUUGUUUUUUAGCAGUGACUUCUAGAUUCCACUAAAUGCUUUCAGAAGUGCAGAACUGUGAGAUUAAAAUGUUGCCCAGUACACACCCAUGCACUCUUAUUUAGUGUUUCCAAGACAAACUGGACCUAAAGGAUGCCUUUAGCCAAGUGUGUGUGUGUGUGUGUGAGAGAGAGAGAAGACUUGUAUAAGAGUGUGUAUAAGCUCCCAGCUCACUCUCUAGGAGGUUGAACGGGGUCUUUGCUGGACUGAAAGAGAGGAUGUGUUUUGCUUUCCCUUUCUAUAGCUUUAGUACUUUUCAAAACUUAAUAUGCAGUCUUUCAAGCUGCUGCUUCUUGUCUAUGGCAACACUAUGCUUUCCUUAGUUUUGCUGAUGCAUUUGGUUGAGUUGGCCAUAUUAAUCAUGAUGCAUGUUUUUUUUUUUUUAUGUAGUCCAUUGUGUUGAUGCGUUUGUUUACUAAUGUCUGUUACAGUACAUUUUUCCAUAACCAACAUUUUUAUUUUGUUCUCUCAUUUUUCACUGCUUAUCAUGAGGCAUAUCCAUAAUCUAAUAAAUAUGCUGUAUGGCCAAAAGCAUGUAUACACCCAAAAAGCAUCUAAAAUCAAAUAUAUGGGCAUUAACAAGGGGUUUCUCAUUCUUUUGCCGCUAUAACAUCUACAUUUUUCCCAAACUGUUGCACAAAGUUGGAUUCUGUUAAAUGUGACUUGAAUUAAGGGACCUAGCAUUAAUAUUAUAAAUUCACAAACUUUUGGCCGUGUAGUGUAAAUGUAUGAACGGGUUUAUAUCCAGAAAUAUCAUAAAUCAAUAAAUUUCAGCUUAUUUAUGCCAUGCUUGAACUUGUAGUAUAGACUGUGAUGCUGAUAAUCAUAUUUUUUGGAUAAAAAUUAUAAAAGUCUAGUGUCUUCAAAAGCCUCCUCUCUCAGCUCAGGGUUUGAUAAAGAUGUUAUCAUUUAUCAAUAAUUAUUUAGAGGUGAAAGAUGAGACUCAGAUUUUCAAAACGGACAACAUUUUGAAUUGAAAAUCCCAACAACACCUUUAGGUUUGGUAGACCGAAGAUACUUUUACGCACUUUUUACAGACAAGUAACAUCCACAGAGGUUUCGAUCUCAACUGGACUGACUCUGCUUAUGGCUCAGGCAGCAAAAAGACUGGAAUUUUUCUCAAUGGAAUAAAGUUUAUUUACCGUAGUUAUUUUACUGAAAAUUACAAACUGGGUGAAUCUGAUCAAAACAUGUCUGAAUCAUAUUUCACCCCCAAAAUCGGUAACAAAAUGCAGCCAUUAAGCCAUUUUCCUUUCAUAAAUCACCAUUAAGGCAGCGUGAGAUUUAUUUAUUUUUUUCAGGGGAAAUGUGAAAUUAAUGUUUAUUUGUAAUAAAAAUAGGCUCUCAAACUAAAAAAAGGCUUAAUGGUCAGGAAAUAGAGUUCACUCUCUUAAAUAUGAAAUACACGUUGUGAGAAGGACAGAAGUGGAGGAAGAAGAGGUGUAGAUGUUCAGAAUUUGCAUCUGCUUGCACUGAUUUUUAAUACGUAUUAAAUCUAAACUAGGCUGUGAUAUUUAAUGGGUGCUUUGUUUGGAGCUUUAUAGUUUACUGUAAAUGGUUGAAGGCAGAUAUAUGCCGAUAACUCUGGAAAAGUCUGAGGAUAGAAAAUCAAGCUAUAAUAAAUAUUAUAAAAUCUAUAAAAGCUGUUUCACUCCAAAUGAUGUGUUGUCUGGAAUAUCGUAAAUACAGUGCCUUUUAUUAAAGUUGUGUGUGAUAUUGAUACAAGCUCGAUGCACAGGAGCCCUGGGCAGGCUGUCACCAUCUCUGCUCACUUUUUUGUUUUGUUUUAAUUUUUAAAGUACACAUUACACAACUAAGAAAAACAUUAUCACAGUGACACUUUAAUUCUUUAUGCUAGUAGGUUUGAUUUUUUUUUAUGUAUAAUUUGAAUAAACUGUUACAGCUAACUUUGUCUGUUAAACAUUCUUCUUAAAAAAAGUCUUAAAAUAAUUUGAAAUGAAGCUCUGUUUUCUUGCUAUAUUGUCUUUAUAUUUGCAUUUGUGAAACUCAUUUUAAGGAAAUCUAAACUCUAAAGGUCUGUAAUGUUACCCGGUUUUCUGAACAGUAUCCAUUCCUCAUAAAAUGAAACAAUGUGGGCUUCAUUUUAAGGUCAGUCCAAAGCCAAGUUACAUAUCUAUUGUUUUGAUUUUUGCAUGGAUUUAAAAGCAUUUCAUCAGUGGUCCAGGAAGCUAGAACAAAAAACGUACACUUAUUUCCAGCUCAUUCCUUGGUUACAUCUCCAAACUCAGUUCAGCAUUAUUAACUCUUGUUCAGAGGCCAGUGGGAAAGGAAACUUUUCAGAGAACUGGGAAGUGGCCAGAAGCAUGUUUGCAUUAUCUGUUUCCUGGUGAGGAGAACACACUUCCUUGCUAUGUCCGCUUGACCUCAAAGCAUGAUUUCAUUCUGAUUUCCUAAUGCAUAACCUUUAGCACUCCCUGCCUCUUAUUUUUGAUAACAUUUUGAUUUUCACACACACACACACAAAUAUAUAUAGUAUCAGAUUUCAUAUAAAUAUUUAGGUUUCUGUUUGUUUGUAGAAUGACAUUUUAAGAACUCUCCUUUUAGAAAGGGGCUACAGAGUGCAACUAAUAUAAACACUUGAUUGAGCUUAUUUUCUGGAAACUUGUAAAUCCAAACACUACUUUGGGGGAAAAAAUAAAUAAAUCUGAUUUGGUGAA